AUGGGCCGUCCCGAACUGGGCGACGACCCCCGCUAUGCCACCCACAGCGCCCGGGGCGACCGCCAGCACGAGUUGGACGAGCUGAUCGCGGCGUGGACCGCCACCCUCGACGCCGACGAGUUGCGCCGGCGCCUCGACGAGAACGGCAUUCCCAACGGCCAGAUGUACCGCGCCCCGGAGAUGCUGGCCGAUGAGCAUUUCGCCGCCCGCCAGGCCAUAGCCUGGGUGGACAGUCCCGACUUCGGGCCCAUCCCCAUGCAGAACAUCGUGCCGAAGCUGUCCGAGACCCCCGGCUCGAUCAACUGGUCGGGCCCGCUGCUGGGCGAGCACAACGACGAGGUGCUCGGCGCGAUCCUCGGGCUCGACGCUGACGCCAUCGAGCAGCUCCGAGCCGGCGGGGUCGUCGGCUGA